GUCACAGCAGCUCAGAGGCAGUCUCUCUGUCCUCUCCUCCUCCUCCUCACUCACUCAUUUUCUCUCUUCACGUCCACACGCAUCCCUCCGUCCCUGCUGGAGAAAUCCUUUGUAUAUUAUUUUAUCCAUUUAUUCUCUCUCAGGCCCUCAUUCACACUCUGGUCUUUAUUAUUCAUAUUCGUGUCUCCAUUGUGCACAUUCCGAACGAUGGGUUGUGGAAAUUCUUCUGUAGCCAGCACAGCUGGAGGUCAACCCGAAGCUGCCAAAGGCGAGACUGAGGAUGCCUCUCCGGAUGAUGAGAAGAGGAAGAACUAUGGCGGCGUGUAUGUUGGCUUACCUGCUGACCUCAGCAAUUUCUUUUUCUACAACAGAUUGAUGAUGAUAUUGUCACUGGCACAUCUGCAGGACAGUCUGAUCAUGACAUGUGACGUGUCGUGAUCUCGCCAAGAAAGACAAUCACUCCUUGUUGACUGAACAGGAUGGAAUCCAUGAAGCAUCCAGUCAUCUCUCGCCCUACUCAGUGGACCUAAACGGGAUCAGGUGAGGUCAAAGGUCACCCUUCGAUGCACCGUGGGAUGAGGCUGACUGGGAACAAACUACCUUUUUUUAAAUGACCUAAGAAGAUGCAAAUCCAAUCAAAUACGUGUCUCAGUUUCGUAGUUUUCAUAUCUGGUCUCAAAUCAAUGGUAUAGGAACACCAUCUCAGGACUUAAAGCAGGUCUGAAAGGCCACACGUCAGACAUUUUGGAUGUUUGGAAGUCAUAUGAGUGUGGAAAAACCGGACGUUCGGCCUACUUGUGAUGAGAAACUGCAAACUCAAGGACUCCACUGUGAACAUUAAUCUUGCCGCAACUUACUUCAGCAGCAGAGCUGUAAAUAGGACACUGCUGACUUACUUUAACUUCAGGUCAUCUACUCCAUUUCGAGACACUUGUGAAACUCUUGACCAUGUGUGUUUAAGGGUGAGAGAAAGAAAAGGGAUUAGAGUGCUGGAGAAAGAGAGAUGAGGCGAUAAAACAGGAACAGAGUGUAUAAUUGGACUGUGUGGGUGUUCUCUAUCAGCAAAUGCCAUCUCUGUUAUCCUCUGCUCCGAGGUCACUCUGUGUACUUUAAUAUCCGUGUGUUUAGGCUCUGUAUGUUCUCUCGGCAUCCUCAUUAUCAUCAUCAAACAUCUGUUCAGUCUGGGCUGUAACAUACAGACCCUUUCAGGAAGUCAAGUCCCCAAGCAUUAGCAAGCAUUUGCAUUACUGAUAAAUGUUGCUGUCUGACUUUAGGAGCUGCUAACUCAAAUGUUCAUUGUGCUGUUGGGUGUCAUAAUCAAAAAAGUGUACAUAAACACCUUCAUUUUUACAGCAUACAACUCAAUCAAUCAGUAGCUGACCACCAUAUCAGUGAGGUUAGUGUACUAACUAAGAAUUUAACAGGUUUACCAGGCUAGUUAGCUAACAUGCCUAAUUUAUAUUGCUUUAACAAUCCUAAAUUCUACAUCGUUGAAACUAGCUCCCUAAUGCUAGAUAUCUAGGCUAUGUUCUUACUGAGGAGUUGCCUGGCUAACUUUGUUCAGCUUGAUGUCUGUUUUGGCAGCACUUCUCAAUUUCUCCCUAGUAUAAAUGCUAUCAGACAUGCAUACCUGUACAAUCAUCGCAGGCUAGGUCAAUGCUUAGCACCAUUUAGCCACUGACAGGACACCAAGCCAUAAGGACGUGCUAGAAUUAGACCAUUUGAAAGUGCCAGUUCAGUCAAAUAGUGCUUAGUGCUUUAGUGCUAAUCCAUAAUAAUAAGUGGCUACUUAUUCAUAAUAGUAAGUGGAUAACAGCGCAGCUACCUUCAAUCUGAUUCCUGAAUAACGUGAGGUUGCUAGGCUACUUGGAUCUUUUGGCAACCAGGUUGGGUGCGCAUAACGUUUUGUUUACAAACACCAAAGGGGUCCAUACUUGCACAUUCACACCAGAAACUGCAUUCCUUUUUACACUUAUUGAUAGCAAACAAACAAACAAAAAAACUGGCAAUGAAAAAAAUUCAUUUUUUCACCACAAAAAGGCAUUGUGGUGUUUUCUAUACAGUUUCUACACUUAUUAAUGAUAAACAAACAAACAAAAUAAAUAAAUAAAAUGGCUGUUGCUUUUAUGGCUACUAGACAUUGGGGUGUUUUCUAUACAAUCUUAUUGUUUUGUUUACAAACAGUGUUACGAUUUUUUUUAUUUAUUUAUUUUUUUUUUUUUACAAGCAGCAACAAUGACAUGUUUAUACUACAGAUAAUUGUGGGGGAAAAAUGAAAAUUUUCAGGUAUAAUACUUGGAUAACAUGAAGAAAAAAAUAUUAUGAGUCGUACAGCACCUGAAACCUCUAUAUUGUGCUGUUACAGUUACACCUCCUAUGUCUUCUCUGCUUAUAUGUAACUGUUUAUAUGUAACUAUAUAUCGCACCCCGUACCAGCUGUCAGACAAAGAUCAUAAUUUGAUACACAUCAGAUGACCUGGGUGAGAACGGUGUGUCGCGUGAGAUGGGUUUUGCGUUACCGUUCAUCCAAGUGAGCACCUCAGUGUAAUGAUCAGAUCAGUGUCAUCACUCUCAGAAACAGCCGAUCACAUUCCUACCAGGUAAAGCAGAUCACACAGCACACAUUUUACACCUGUGCGCUCUGGAGGUAUGUGCAUUUGUUAGUCUUUUUUUUCUUUUCUUUCAUUGAAUGUACAUUAAAAAAAAAAAAAAAAGACCUUUUACAAUGUUAAUCACAACUUGUUUAAAAUUGCAGAGAAUGCAUAAAUUGCUUUGUAUAAAUUGGUUAUGCUUCAGAAUAUUUUAAAACAUCAAUAUAGUGAGCUAGCGUUAAACUGGUAAAGGACUGUCAAUAUUCUAGUGCAUUAUCAGAGCCAUUUCUAAUAGUAUUUGUGACUGUGUCCAGUAAUUUAUGUAAAACGUUUACAUUAUUUGUAUAAAAGUAGUUUUUAUUGC